UACUAAUCCAAUUGGGGUUCCUAGGAUUUGGGCUUUCCGUCGAUCUCUCCGGUCUCCACGAUUCCACGCUCCCGGUGAACCGAGUCUCUUCCUCGACGCACCACGCCGGACCUCCAUCUCCGGCGGGGACCGCCGUCCUCCGGAACCAGGUGAAUGUCUGCAUAUGAGAAUGUUGCCGGUGGAAAGCUUAAGCUGAAAGGAAAAGCAUUAGAUGUCAAGGCAGGUGGGGUAAAGAAGAAAAAGAAGCACAAGCAUCAUAAUGAUCGUGAGUCUCAAGUCGAAAAACAUGAGAAUCCAGCAGGUGGAAGUUCUGAAAUAUCAACUGAUCCUACUGAAGACAUAAAUGAAGCUGACAAGUUCGGGGAUGGACAUCCGCCUGCUUAUGAUGACCACCUCACGCCAGCUGAAAGACGGUAUCUUGAACAGAGGGAGAAAAUUAACAUGCAUAGGCUGCCAAAGAAUGCAAAUAAAUCACAUCGUGACCGGAUUCAGGAAUUCAAUCAAUGUCUGGCAAAUCUCAGUGAGCAUUAUGACAUUCCCAAAGUGGGUCCUGGUUAGCUUAAUGAACCAACACCGAAAGCAAACUGGUCCACCUUCAGAAUCCUGGUGUUUGCUGUGGGUGGUGGUGUUUCAUUUGUCCAGUUGUGUUGAGACCUUUGAAUAGAUCCCAUUUAUGUUUGGAAGACAGACUGCCUAUCUGGGAUGUCAAUUUUAGUUCUUGUUGAUCACUGCACAGAUUUUUAACCACCUUUACUAGUUUUGAUUAAAGAUGGGUUUUCUUUUGCA